UAAAUAAAAAUACUACUAAUAAAAAGAUUAAAAACAAUACAAAUGGGAAGAGAUAAAAUUGUGAUUACAAAAACACGAUAACCAUUCUAUCAUGUUCACAGAUGAUUUACUACAGAAACAUUCAUUUACUGGGUAGAGUCAUUAGUGGAAGAGGAACAUGUGUGGAUGACUGAGACCUUCGGUGUUUCCCUUUCCUCACAUUUUUAGUCACAAUUUUUACUUUUCCUAUUUUCAUGAUUUUUAAAUGAUUUUUAUUUUGACAUUUUUGUUCAUGUGAAGCAUGCCGUGAUUUUUAUCUUCGGAGGCGUUAUAAAAAAGUUGGUUUCUUCUUCAACUCCCUGAGAGCCCGUGGGGUUGACCAGUCUGCGCGAUGCUAACGCUGCACCACCGACAUUUGUAAUUCAGCACUGGUCAGAUAAAUGCAGCAGCGCUUCGGAAAGAGCCAAAGCUGUAAACAGAAGCGACCUAGAAGCUAUUUCUUGUACCCUUAAGAAGCUAACUAAUAUCACCCCCGCUCUCCUAAAUGGCACUUUUUUUUUGUUUUUUAUUUUGAAGACCUGCCUCAGGUCUUUUUUCUUUGAGAAAACUUUCACAACUCAUCUCCAGUCCUCAGCUCCAGAAAUAGGAAUGUUUUCUAUGAUACCAUAAAAACUACAACAUUUAGCUUGUAGGUGUUGAUAUUUUUUAUUAUGCCCCAAAGGUGUGACUCCUAUUGAACGUUAACAUGUGUGCAUGGGGCAAAGGUUUCUAUGUAUUAUGGCCCGUCCUGCACUGGAUCAUCGAUUAGAACACUUCCACAGUCACACUGAUCGUAAGAGUUGUGAAACUCUGUCAAUAAAAACCGAAUCUAAAGCGUCAGCAGGACAGCGAGUCGGAGUGGAAAGAUGCUGUGCUGCUCUGUCGAUCCUGCAGCGCGGAACAAGGGAGUUGAUUGUUGUUGGAGUCGUAAAACUGAACUCUUUAUGCUCUUGGUCAAGCGUAUGUGUUGACAGAAUGGGGGAAAGUGAAGAGAGGAAGUUAUUAAACCAGGAUCUGGAGGAAGAGAUGGAUGCACUGAGGACGUACCUCCCUGUUUGUUUACCUGAGCGGCGCACUGGCCCGGAGCCAAACAACAAUUCCAACCAGGGCGCCUCCAGCGAUGUUUAUACGGUCCAGGGAAAAUGUCGGAGGAAAAGAGGUAAACGAGCAGGAAUCCAGGAGGUAUGGGGAUACCGCCCCUGUCUGUGGAAGAUGGUCCUGGUGGGUGUGGGGGCUGUUUGCUCUGGGGGUUUUUUACUGCUGCUGCUCUACUGGUUGCCUGAAUGGGAAGUCAAAGGCACAUGCACACACACCUCGCUGAGGGAUGCUCAAAUGCUGCUGCUCAGAACAACGGAUGAGUUUAAGCAGUGGUUCAGAGUUAAAGUGCAAGUCCUUCAGGCGCCUGGGGUCACACCCUUCAGCGAUUUGGAUCUGCUGUCAAAGACUCCGUUUCCAAAUAAAGAAGUAGACUACCAAAUGUGCUCUGAAGACCAAGUUCAUCAUGAAAAGCUCCCUAAACAUCAGCAAGUUCAGAUUAAAUACUUCACACACCACAGUGCUAAGUACUACUGGAACGAUGUGAUGCAGAACUUUGAAUUAUAUCAAGGGCUGGAGGAUGUGAGGGUAAGCUGUGCAUGCAUCCACUCUGAACACAGCUCUGGACUCUCCAAAACCCUGCAGGACUUUAGGAGGUUGUUUUUUGGGGAGAAUGAGAUCGCUGUCAGAGUUCCCUCUCUGUUUCAGCUCCUCAUUAAGGAGGUGUUGAACCCUUUUUACAUCUUUCAGCUCUUCAGUGUCAUUUUGUGGAGUGCUGAAGAUUACUACUACUAUGCCACGGCCAUCGUUUUCAUGUCUGUCGUAUCAAUAGCUACCUCCUUGUAUAACAUUAGAAAGCAAUAUGUGAUGCUGCAUGACAUGGUGGCCGCCCACAGCGUGGUCCGUGUCUCCGUGUGCAGAGGAGAUAAAGGCGAGAAUAUCGAACAGGCCAUGUCAACAGAGCUUGUACCCGGUGAUGUCAUUGCUGUUCCAGCCAAUGGGAUGGUGAUGCCCUGUGACGCUGUCCUUUUCCAGGGAACCUGUGUUGUGAAUGAGAGCAUGCUGACAGGCGAGAGUGUUCCAGUGACCAAAACCAGUCUGCCCAGUACAGGUGAAGAGGCGGCCAGGUGUUACAACAUGGAGGAACAUAAGAGACACACACUGUUCUGUGGUACUCGUGUUAUCCAGACCCGAUAUUAUGCAGGUGAACUGGUGAAGGCUGUUGUGGUUCGAACAGGUUUUAGCACAGAAAAAGGCCAGUUGGUGCGCUCUAUCCUCUACCCGAAACCCACUGACUUUAAGCUGUACCGAGAUGCCUACCUGUUCCUUCUGUGCCUGGUUGGGGUCGCCGGGAUCGGCUUCAUCUACACCAUCGUCCUCAGCAUCAUCAGCAAGGUUCCAGCUAAAACUAUUAUCAUUGAAUCUUUGGACAUCGUCACCAUCACCGUCCCGCCGGCCCUACCAGCAGCCAUGACCGCCGGUGUCGUGUACGCUCAGCGACGACUGAAACGUGCUGGCGUGUUCUGCAUCAGCCCCCAGAGGAUCAACAUGUGUGGCCAGCUCAACCUGGUCUGCUUUGACAAGACUGGCACUCUCACUGAGGACGGAUUGGACCUGUGGGGAGUUCAGAGGGUAGAAGACAGCAGAUUUUGUCCUCCAGAGUCUGAAGUAGUUGAGGAACAUAUGGUGAGCACCACGUUUGUGGCCUGCAUGGCCACCUGCCACUCGCUGACUAAGAUAGAGGGAGAGCUCUCUGGAGACCCGUUAGACCUGAAAAUGUUUGCUGCUACAGGCUGGAUCUUAGAGGAGCCAACAGAAGAUGAGACGGCGCUCCACAAUCCAUUGAUGCCAACGGUGGUUCGACCUCCCAAGAGCCCAAAAGCUGAAGCCAACCAGAAUCAGUCCUGUGAGAUCGGGAUCGUGCGUCAGUUCCCAUUUUCCUCGGCACUCCAAAGGAUGAGCGUGGUGGUCCGGAGGCUGGGGGAAAAACAAAUGGAGGCCUUCCUGAAGGGAGCGCCAGAGGUCGUGGCCAGCCUUUGUAAACCACUCACAGUCCCUCAGAAUUUCUCUGACAGCCUGGAGAGCUACACGAGGCAGGGCUUCAGGGUUAUCGCCCUGGCACACCGACAGCUAGAGUCCAAACUAUCAUGGCACAAAGUCCAGAACCUCAGCAGGGACCUGAUUGAGACCAACAUGAACUUCCUGGGUUUGAUCAUCAUGCAAAACAAAAUCAAAGUGGAGACAGCUGGUGCUUUACGUGAACUACAGCGAGCCAACAUCCGCCUUCUGAUGGUCACAGGUGACAACAUGCUGACGGCCAUCUCUGUGGCUCGAGACUGUGGGAUGAUCCACGCUGAUGAGAGAGUCAUCAUAGCGGAUGCUGCUCCUCCUAAAGACUCCCGCCCUGCCAGUAUCACCUGGCGUUACACUAACAACGCCACUCGAACCAUCAAGGACCAUCAGACUGCAGAGAUAAACGUGGAUGAGGAGGCGUACCACUUUGCUGUGAGCGGCAGAGCCUUUACUGUCAUCACAGAGCACUUCCCUGAGCUGCUGCAGAAGCUCUCCCUGAGAGCCACAGUGUUUGCUCGCAUGGCUCCAGACCAGAAGACUCAGCUGGUGGAGGUCCUGCAGGGCAUGGACUACACCGUCGGGAUGUGUGGCGACGGCGCCAACGACUGUGGCGCCUUGAAGCGAGCUCACGGUGGGAUCUCUCUGUCAGAGCUGGAAGCAUCAGUUGCUUCUCCGUUCACCUCCUCCACCUCAAACAUCUCCUGCGUUCCCACCCUCAUCAGGGAGGGACGAGCGGCUCUCAUCACCUCCUUCUGCGUCUUUAAGUUCAUGGCUCUCUACAGCAUCAUCCAGUACAUCAGCGUCAUCCUGCUCUACUGGAUUUUCAGCAACUUGGGAGACUUCCAGUUCCUCUUCAUUGACCUCGUCAUCAUCCUCAUCAUCGCCUUUACCAUGAGUCUGAAUUCAGCGUGGAAGGAGCUGGUGUGGCGCCGCCCACCCUCCAGCUUGAUCUCCGCCCCACUGCUCUUCUCAGUUCUGACCCAGAUCACCACCUGCCUGGCCUUCCAGGUCCUGGUUUUCUUCUUGGUCCAGAAGCAGAGCUGGUACGAGACAUGGACACCUCAGUCGGACGCCUGUAACAGGUCCAGCAUCUCCCACAGCCUCAACGGGACGGCUCCUGUAGACCCCAAAAACAUCAGGAACUAUGAGAACACCUCGCUCUUCUACAUCUCCUCUUUCCAGUACCUGGCCGUGGCCAUCACCUUCUCCAAGGGAAGGCCCUUCAGACAGCCCAGCUACAAGAACUGGCCCUUCGUGUGUUCCUGUGUCGGUCUCUACGCGUUCCUCCUCUUCAUCAUGCUGUACCCCAUCCCCGCCAUCGACAGAUUCUUACAGAUCGUGUGUGUUCCCCAUGACUGGCGCGUGACUCUGGUCGUCAUUGUUGCAGCCAAUGUGGUUGUGUCCUUCCUGUUGGAGAUUUUGAUCCUUGACAUCAUCUUGUGGAGGCUUGUUUUCAGAGACAAUAAGGGGCCAGAGUCCUGCUCUGCUGACACGCCACAGGAGGCCAAUGACCGCUGGGGGGCGUCCGUCCUCUCCCGGGUGUUCUGUCGGAGGAAAAAGUCCCCGAGGGGUCUCUUCAGGCGUCUGACUCUGGAGCUGCAGGAGGACACCGACUGGCCCCCCAAACCCUCCACCAUCACCUACGCCGCCGUGCCACCGUCUCGUGUCUCUGACCUGCUGUGACCCCCGACUGAGUCGAAAAGCAGCAGCGACUUGACCCUCGCUCUGACCCUUUCUCCCGUUUGACUUUUUAAUGUGACAUCUCAUAUCUCAGUAAAUAUAAGCUGGAGAUAAGAAAAUGUUCAUAUUUCUACCCAUCACCAACAACAUUCAGGGUUCCCGUCGGUCUGGUUAUUUGUGGCAAAACAUUUCAGUUUCAUCCCCGGAGAAUUUUUACACUAACCCAAAAUAUCAAUCUGGAAAUCCCAAAUCCAGUCCAGCUCUACUUAUAAAGCACCCAGCACAGGUCCAACGUGCUACACAGUAAAAUAGGGUAAACAAAAACAGCACAUAAAUGAGAAUAAAAACACACAUACAAAUAGAACAUAGAAACAGACCGUUCUUAAAUAUAUUAAACAGAGAAAACAACUGAAGAAAAAAGAUAAAAACAAAUAAAAUCAACAUCUUACACGGCGUUGAAACUCUGGGCGUUUCUCAAUGUCAGGCGCCUUGCAUACAAGGACACCGUCCUUCCUUGGCCAAAGAAAACAGUUAAAUGGAACCAUCGACAUUCAUACUAUAGAGCUCUGGACCCCACGUGACUCUCAGUCAGUAGACGCCAUAUUGGCAGUCAAAAAGGGUAAACAAACACGGAUCGUAAACAUGAACGGGAUCGGCUUGGAUUUUACUUCGUCUGAGUUUACUUCACACUUUAAAACCGAAGAAAUCGUUUUAUAUAGUCAGAAAUUAAAUAGACUAAACAUCUCCGACCCUUACCGUGCCCCUGGGAUACUUUUUAAAAACGCCAGAAGCUGUCGGAGCGGAUUUCUUACCGGACCUGGCCGGGGAACGCCUUGGGAUUCCCCUGGAGGAGCUGGCCCAAAGUGGCUGGGGAGAGGGAAGUCUGGGCCUCUCGACGCUACUGCCCCCGUAACCCGACUCCGGAGAAGCGGAUGAAAAUGGAUGGAUAAAUAACAUAGAUUUACAUGUAAGUAGUUUAAAUAGAGUGCUGUGCUGUUUGAAUGUAUAAACUGAACACCAAGAGAAAUCACUAGUCUGAUUUUUUUCCGUGAAUAAAAUAAAAAUGUCAGGCAGGAGCGUCUCAGGAUCUGUCUGAGAUCUGUCUCGGUGAGACAGAUAAUAGCAACCCAAAGUGCUUUUUAUGUGUGAUCUGACAAUUGAUCAACCAUUGCUUAAAAAAUAAAUACAGCUUAGCCGGUUAAUUGCUGUGAUCAUAAAACACGUAAACGGCAGCACGCAGAACUCACGAGGCAACGUUUUACGUGACGUUUACUUGUUGCUAUGAGUAAUAAGACAGAAAAAGCCACGCCAAAAUAAGUUUAGGAAGCCCACUAAGAAUCAUAAUAAAAGCAUUUAAAAUAAAUACCAUACACAGUUGAGGAAACGUUGGUUUAAGUACCUGAUAUGAAGCGGUCGCUGCAUAAGCGAAAACCUUUACUCUCGGGAUCCCACAGUUUCAUUUUAGCCCGGUCACUAGUGCGUUUAUUACAAUGAUCCAACGUUUGCGGCGCUCCGGAUCUUGGGGAAUCCUGUAGAUGACUCAUUCCUUAUGUCGUCCGUGUCUGUUCUGCAUCCUGGGGCACAACAGGAAUCUACCGUAUUUCCUGUCUGAUUGAGUUUUCUGACAAUAACAAAUAGUCCAGCUGCGGGCUUCUGCCUGCCAAUAUGGCGCCGUUUCGAUUUGAACUGUUGCAUGCCGGGAGAAGUGACGUCAACUCCCGGAGCUCUAUUGGAAUGGAACAGACUUGCGUCACGUGACCGCGGCUUCCACGGCAGUCACGUAGCGUCACGUGACACGGGAGAUAACGUUAUAUUUUAUACGUAUUAGUUUCAAUAUAAAUAUAUAACGUGCCUUUUACUUUUUGAAUUGUGUAUAUGUUUAUUAAAUUAAAUAUAUAAGUGAGUUACUACCCGCUAGCCACUGAAGCUGCAACUGCUAAACAACUAACCAACCAUAGAUAACGUCUUUGGAUCUAAAAAAACAUUUUAAAUUAGCUGACUUACUUUUAAACUUGAAAAUUGUCCCCGAAGUAGCUGCCGGCUUCUGAUCCGCCGUCCUUUUGAAAAUACUGCGGUGUAUUCUGGGUAAUUUUUGACCAAGGCUAGGCUACAAGACACCUCCCGUGUAUCCUUAUUCAGCUAGCUAAACGGCUAACAAACGGAGAACACACGCCUCGGUAGAACGUGAACAUUGGACCCGAUUGGAACACGUCUGUGCGGCACCUGAUGACGUAUCUCCUAGGCAACCGGGGCGGGGCCAAGACAUCAAGGCGAGGUUCCUCUGAGUAUUUAGCCUUUUCCACAAUCUGUCUCUGGUAUAUUUGAAUUAGUGUCAAUUGCACUUUAUUUGUUAAUAUACAUUUAAAGUAGUCUAGUUUUUAGUACCUCUUGUCAAGGAUGCAGCACAACAAAAACAGAACAAGUGCAGUUCACAAAUUCAAAGUUCGCAGAAACACGAGUCAGCACUGCACGGACGCUCGUGUUCCCAACAACACGCUGAAGUUAUGACACUGAAUUUUUAUUCUGUCAAAUUGUGUUUCAGAUUUUUCUUUAACUUAAAAGACACGAGCAAAAAUUCAGCAUCAAAAGUGCAUCAAAAUAAUAAGGUGACCUCAUGGUGGCCCAAGCCAAAGUCCUGUGGCUUUUAUCCAGUCCAGCUACGGUUCCCUGAUCACGUGACACUGCUGCAUUUGGCUGUGCCGGAACAGUCUCGACUUGGAAAGAUAUGACUGAGUCUUUCAGGUAGUUUGAGCAGCUUCUUUACUUGACCGAGUUACGAUAGCUUUGACUCGGGUCGAGCAAGUCGAGCACGGAGCCCAGCGAAGAAGCCGCUUGGCGGCGGAGACGCUCCCCGUGUGCACUGGUGUGCAGCGAUAGUCGCGAGUAAACCGUUCCACGCCGCUGAUGCUUCCGGUGUAGAGUAGGAUUAAGACGCCCACCAAAAGCAACACUUGACGGUUGAGCCCAUGAAUGUUAAGCGACAGUGUGACGUAGACCUGUCGGGUUUUUCUAAUCCUAGAGUUUCACCAUUUGUUAGCAGCUGAUGCAGGAGGAAGGUGUAGGAGACUAUUUUCAUGUUCAGCCUGCAUGAAACACUCAAGCUGUUUAUACAAAACAAUGCCGUCAAUUUGCCCAAUCCCAUGGCGGCAUCAGGGCGCCUUAUGUCGUUAAUGAGUGGUCAGACGGUGGUAAUGUGGCACAAUCGUGUCCUUUUUGUAAAAGAGUAGGGGAUGGCGGCAUAAAGGGGGUGUGGGGGCGGUCCCAGCACUGCGAUGGACUUCUGUUCAUCUUGAACAUCACGUGCUUUUAAUUACGAUUGAAGCUGCGAUGGUUAGGUUGUGUAACAAGCUGCUCCUAAAGGCGUCCGUCCCCAUCAGUCCCUGUGCGGUCUCUGAAGAUCUGAGCUCCAGCUCCAACAGAGCGACGCUCACGGAGCGCCGCGGCACUCCCGUUUGCCGUCUCUGCUGAUUUGUUUAAAAGCAAACUUAUUGCCCGUCUUUACUUUCAUUUUUAAUAAAGUUGCUCGGCAUUAACUGCCCAUGUCAUCAUGACACCGCUCUCUGUUGCAUCAUGGCGCAAUAGCCAUUUAUAAGACAGACCAUUACCGUAAUAUCACUACCAAGCGAGGCGGAAUGAACGCCACAAAUUCGUGCCACGCUAUGCCGGCAUGGUGUGUGUUGUACAAAAAGGCUUCAGACGUGUGCAGAGCACGUUUCACAACCCUAACACCCCCCCCCCCCCCCAUCCCAGGAUAAUGUUUAUAUCAAAUUCAAAUGGAAAUGUGCUAAACAAGUGUUCAACAUGGUGGUUCAUCGUGUUCAUAUGUGAAAUCGUGGUUUCCCAGAUGUGAAGCCUGCUUCCUUUGUCCAGCUUCACAUUAGAAACACGUCAGUCAUGCAUUCCACAGUUUGACACGUCACCUUCACGUGUGUUUUCCUGUUUGCUGAAACCAUCUCAACUUCUUUCUUCUGAGCUACAAACUUCAGAUGCAAGAAAUAUUUGAGUAAAACGGAUGAACUGUUGUGAUUCUCUUAUCGUCUCGUGAACGUUUACAGCCCGACUGUCAACAGGAUGUUUUACCAACAGUCGCCUCCUUCAGGCACUGAUCUUUCUAUGGAUGAUUUCUAAAAUUGUUGCAUUAAUGCAACCAGCUGCUAGACCGUUAGGCUGACUUUCCUGACAUGGUUGUUGCGUUAGCUUCGUUUCCUAUUCUUCCUGUAGAAGAGCUAACAGCUGACCGGAGCCGUUAGCUUCAGAAACUUUGCUGUGUUGUGGAGAUCACAUGAAAUUUGGCAUUAUUAAACUUUUAAAGACUAA